AUGUUGUCAUACCUAACGAAUAGCCAUCAGGCCCGUGUGGUGAAACUAGGAUAUUCCCAGGAUGUGGAUCUCCAUGCAGGAAACCAUGGACAAAUAUCAUCUCAGCAAACACAUCAAUCAGUGUUUUUGCAACCUAUCAUGAAGAGAAAAGACAUGUCACUCGUUUCAUGCAGUGAAGUGAAGUCUCCUAUACAGAGAGGUGCAUUGACUGUGAUUAAGCAACUGAGCGACUCACUAACACCCACUGAAACCUGUACUCUGGAAAAAGCUGAGAAAAGAAAGGCAAUCGAUUUUUUAGAAUCUGAAUCACAAAGGGAGAAACCCCUAAACAUCUUGACUCAUUUGAACACAGAUACAGACGAGAUACGUGCUAGCAAAAGUCAUCCUUUAGGACUCCAAACUGAGAAAGACUGGCUAACUACAAGAAAAACAGGUGAUAGCGGGAAAAGGAAAAAGCAGGAUAAAUCAACAGCUCAAGCAAUCUUGAUAACAAAUAAUCACUCAAAACAUAUGUGCAAGCCUACCUACUUAGAGCGUCUAUGGGAACUUGGUCCAAUGACUUGCCCACCACAGCACAUAUUCCGAAACCAAACAAUCGAACAGUUUUUGAAGUCUAAAUCACACAUGAAUCAUAUGAAAACACUGAAACAGUCAGAAAAUCACCAGACAAAAGAAAAAUCCCCAACUGCCAAACCUCAGACAAUGCGGCCCCGUACUCCUCGGAGCCGGCUGGGAGAGUGUGUGUAUGCGUGGUAUGUGUGCAUACUCACGGAGAACACGGCGCGGGAGGAUCGGACAACGCCAUUUAGGAAGCUGGAGGGUAGAUCGAGCGUCUCGGCGGAGUUGGAGGGAUCGGAAGCGAGGACGGCGAGGCCAGUGGCGGUGAGCAAAUAG